AUGACUUUACCAGCACUCAUCUUCCUGCUCGCCUUCCUCCCAGCUGAAUCUGCAAGCAGCAGAUACCUCCCCAAGGCAGCAAGUAACCCUGUGUUCGGACCACGGCAGGUAUAUGGUCUGCUCAAUGGAUCAGUUACGGUGAAAUGCUUCUACCCUCCCACCAGCGUGAACAGACACGACAGAAAGUACUGGUGCAGGGAAUCAUCCACGGGCUGCAUGACCAUUGUCUCCACCAGCGGCUACACUGCUCCAGGCUACCGAGGCAGAGCCUCCAUCACCGACUACCCGCAGGCAGAAAGUUUCCAGAUCAACAUCUCUGAGCUUACAAUGGCAGACGCAGGCACCUACCAGUGUGGUGUUGGUAUCAAUGGCAGAGGGCUCUCCUACAAAGUCAGUCUGGAUGUUACUCAAGGUCCACACGUUCCCGAGGGAGCUGAGCUCUUCUACGUGAAGCUGCACAGCACUUUGACCAUGUCCUGCAGCUUUGGGGACAAGAUUGAGAUAACGAGGAAAUUCUUGUGCAAGAUGGAGAAAAGCGGCUGCCGUACCAUCAUCGAUAGUCAUGACAAGAUUGAUGAGAAUUAUGUAGGGCGAGCUCUGAUAAGCAACGAGGAAUCUCCAGGCUCAUUCAGCAUCGUGAUAACUCAGAUGGGCUGGGAAGACGCUGGCUUGUACCUGUGCGGGGUCGGCGUCUAUGGGGAGAGUGGAGAAACAAAGGAACUGGACGUGCACGUCUAUGAGGAGACAAAUGUUCCUCAAGCAAAGCCCACAAUAAUUGGAGUAAAAGGAAGUUCAGUAACUUUUGAAUACCGCUACGAGCCUAGAAAAAGGUCCUCAAUGAAGUACUGGUGCAAGUGGAGACAGAAGGGGUGUAGUCGGAUCAUAGACAGCUCCGGGUUUGUGUCGGGCUUGUAUGAAGGAAGAGUGGUCAUGUAUGACAACCCAGUUAACAAGACGAUGACCAUCAUCCUGAACCAGCUGAAGGACAGUGACAAAGGCUAUUACUGGGGCAUGACGGCCGAGGAGAAGGAGCAGCAAUCAUCAACUGAGCUGAAGAUCAUAGAAGGAGAACCUGGACUGAAGGGAAAGACAGAAGUGGAGGCACAAGUGGGUUCACGGGUCGAUUUAACUUGCUCUUAUCCAUGCAAGUACUACUCCUACCAGAAGUACUGGUGCAAGUGGAAUGGCACCAGCUGCAACCUCAGGUCUUCUUCUGAUCAAAGACAGCCAGGGCCAGACGUUACCUGUGACACUGACAACAAGACAGUUAUCCUAAGCUUUGACUCGGUGGCAAAGACAGACGAAGGAUGGUACUGGUGUGGAGUGAAGCGCAACGGCAUCUUUGGGGAAACCAUGGCAGUGUACUUGCAGGUGACUGGAGCCACGCCGAGCCCCCCAGCAACGACGAGCCCGGCUUUAUUCCCCAAGGAAGAGCCAACAGUGAUGCUGGGGUGCACAGCGCAGCUGCCUCCGAAAGCUCCGACCAAAGCCAUGGCUCCAACACUUGUUCUGAUCGCAGCCCCUGUUGGUGCCGUGCUCCUCAUCCUCGCAACAGCUUUUGCCGUUUUUAAAUACCGGCAGCUGAAGAGAUCGGACCUGGUGUCCGUUGGGAGCUACAGGACAAACAUCAGCAUGUCGGACUUCGAGAGCGUGAAGGCGUACAGCGCAAGCAAUAACGCCUGCGUGAAGGAGAGCCAGGAGACUCAGAUAGGAGGGGACGAGCUCAUCACCACCGCGGCCGCCCCAGAAAGUGCUGCUGAGACCAAGAAGGCGAAAAGGAGCUCCAAGGAGGAUGCUGACCUCGCCUACUCCGCCUUCCUCCUCACCUCCGGCAGCAUCGCACAGGGCGGCUCUGGGGGGGACAGCGCUGCCCCAGACGUGUCCCCCUCGACCUGGGAGGGCCAGAUCUGA